UUUUAUUAUUAAACUUUAAGUAUAAACUGAAUCAAAGUUUUGUAACAAUGUCUAGUAAUACUAAAUUUAAUUCAAAUGAGUGGAUUGAUUGGAUUGAAGAAGCUAUUGCAAAAAAGCACAUUAAAUAUUACGAUUACAAGCAUUUUAAUAAUAUUCAAGAAAUUGGUUUUGGAAAUUUUGGAAAAGUAUAUCGUGCUAACUGGAAAAGUUUUUGCAAUCAUUUAGCAUUAAAAUCUUUCUUUAAUUUCAAUAAUGCUACAGUUAAAGAAAUUGUUAAUGAAAUUAAUCUUCAGCGCAAAAUUGAUUUUCAUGAAAACAUUAUUCGUUUUUGUGGCAUUACAACAGCAGCAAACCAAGACAAUAAUUCAAAAAAAUAUUUGCUGGUUAUGGAAUAUGCCAAUAGUGAUACUCUCCGAAAUUAUUUAAGUGAACAUUUUGAUAAUCUCACUUGGAACAAUAAAUUGGAUCUAGCAUUUCAAUUAGCUAAUGCUAUAUCAUGCUUACAUGAUGAAGAUAUCGUUCAUCAUGAUUUGCACUCAAAUAAUAUAUUAGUUCAUAAGAAUACCAUUAAAUUAGCAGAUUUUGGAUUGUCAAAAAGGAUUGAGGAAUCAUCCAAUGUUCAAUCAAAAUUAUUUGGAAUGGUUGCAUAUGUUGAUCCACAAGUAUUUAAUAGCAAAAGGGAUAAUAAUAUCAAAAUAGUAUAUUCAUUAAAUAAAAAGAGUGACAUCUACAGUAUUGGCAUACUCUUGUGGGAAAUUUCUAGUGGACGGCCACCUUUUCAUAAUAAACCACAUGAUGAUGUUGGUUUGGCUAUGGAAAUUUUACAAGGUCUUAGAGAAAAACCUAUUCCUAAUACACCUGUAGAUUACAUAAAAAUAUACACUGAUUGCUGGAAUAAUGAACCAGAUAAUCGUCCAACUGUCAACCAGGUUAUUGCAAAAUUAAAUGAAAUUAUUUCAAAAGAAAAUGUUCAAUUAUCAAGUGAACAGAAGAGUAAUGAUAAAGUUCCCAAAAAUAUUAUUGAUAAUUUAUUAUACGGAGAAAUGUCUCAAAUCAUUAAAAAUUUUAAUAAAAUGAGUAUAGAAGAAAUAGAACCUUCAAUGUCAUCAAUCAAUAACUUUGAUAUAAUGGUUAAUGAAAUAAUACUCCUUCUUGAUAAUACAAAAAUUGUGAGGAAAAAACAUGAAGUCAUUAAUUAUCUUAAUAAUCAUAAUAUAACUUCACAAGAAAUUUAUGCUUGGUUAUUAAAUAAUCAAAAUAAUUCAAAUUCUGUUUUUUUACUUGGAAUAUUUAAUCACUUUGGAAUUGAAGUUAAUGUUAAUGAACAAAAGGCAUUUGAGUUAUACCAAAAUGUAGCGAAUUUGGGAAAUGUAUUUGGGAUAACUAGUUCAGGAUAUUGUUAUAAUUAUGGAAUUGGAACCAGUGUUGAUAAUAAGAAAGCGUUUGAACUAUAUCAAGAAGCUGCAAAUUUAGGAAAUUCACGUGGAAUAUAUAAUUUAGGAUAUUGUUAUAGUAAUGGAAUUGGAACUAAUAUUGACAAUCAAAAGGCAUUUGAAUUAUAUCAAAAGGCUGCAAAUUUAGGACUUUUAUCUGGAAUAUACAAUUUAGGAUAUUGUUAUGAAAAAGGAAUUGGAACUAAUAUUGAUAAACAAAAGGCAUUUGAAUUAUAUCAAAAGGCUGCAUAUUUAGGUGAAAGUUAUGCUCAAUAUAAUCUUGCUUUAAUGUAUGAAAAUGGAGAGGUAAUUAAAAAGAAUAUGAAUCAAGCAACUUAUUGGUAUGAAAAAUCUGCUGAACAAGGAAAUCAAUAUGCUCAAGACAGAUUAAAUGAAUUAAAGAAACAUGAAUAGGAUUUUUUGUAUAAUUUAUUGACUUUAUUUAAUAAAUUCUGUUACGAAUUACUUUUUUUUUUAAUUAUAUUAGUAUGGGAUAAAAAUGAUUUGGUACAACUCCGACUCAUAACUCUCCAAAAUCCAAAAAAAUUCGUAAUACUCCAAAACUCAUAAUACUAAGAUUUUAAACUAUAAAUCUGAAACUCACAUAUCUUGAAAUACCAUAAUUCUGGUAUUUGAUAGUUGCAAAAUACAUAAAUCUAUUCCCAAAAAUUUUAAUAUUUCACUAAUAAAAAUUGUAAAUU